AUGGCCAUUAACCAACCUUCUGGACAAAUCAAAUUAACUAAUGUUUCGUUAGUUAAAUUAAGAAAAAAUAAAAAAAGAUUUGAAAUUGCAUGCUAUCAAAAUAAAGUCCAAGAUUACAGAAAAGGUGUUGAGAAAGACCUUGAUGAGGUUCUACAAAUUCCCCAAGUGUUCGUAAAUGUUUCAAAGGGUUUGGCGGCACCAAAGGAUGAUCUUUUGAAAAGUUUUGGAACUGAUGACAUUGAUUUAAUAAUUAAAGAGAUUUUAUUAAAGGGCGAAAUUCAAUUACAUGAGAAAGAAAGACAGAUAAUGUUAAACAAAAUAAAUAAUGAAAUGUUGACUAUAAUCAGCACUAAAUGUAUAAACCCUAAAUCUAAAAAAAGAUAUCCUCCUACCAUGAUUUAUAAAGCGCUGCAAGAAUUAAAAUUUAGUCCAGUCAUCAAUAAGCCUGCAAAAAGUCAAGCUUUAGAAGCAAUUAGGUUACUAGUAUCGAAACAGAUCAUACCUAUAGCAAGAGCUAAGAUGGAUAUAAAAAUCACCAUAGAAAAUCUUGAGCUGGUUGAAUCAAAAGAUUCAGAGAUUAUUCCUAAAAUUACUAAAUAUUUUCUUCAACCUACUAUAAAUAAAACUGAUGCGAUUAAAAAAUGGGUUUGUAGUGGAUUAAUUGACCCUGUCAGUUAUAGAGACUUAGUUACUAUUUGUACAGGCAUUGCUACUAUACAAGUGCUAGAUAUGGCGGUCAUAGAUACAAGUACUUAG